UGUUGAACUGUCGUCCGUCAGAUCCGUCAUGAUGAAGCUGAAGAACGGCUCCGGCAGGGUGGCCGGCGUCGCUGUGGUGGAGCCCACCUCCAACCCACCGGACGGCUUCUCCCCUCACACUCGCUGUCCCAACGAGAACACAGGUGUGUACUCGGAGAACUACGGUCCGGGUCUGGCCCACUGCAACACCACAAAGUGGAAUCCCCUGGGCAACGGUUUGUCCUACGAGGAGUUCGACUUUCCCAUCUUCUCUAUGAAAGACGACAACGACACGCAGCUCAUACGGCAGUGCUACAUGGAUCACAACCGUCCCGUGAAUGGCAGCCACCCUCAGUACCCUCUCUGCGCCAUGCAGCUUUCCUCCCACAUGUCCGCCGUCACCAACACGCCCACCUGCAUGAGGAGAAACAGCAUCAGCUUUAGCAUGAACAUGGUGUGUGAUCCUUUGAGUGACCAGAAUAUUUGGGCCCCUAGUAAACCUCUGAACACCACACAAAACGGCCACAAGGCAGAUGAGAGUGUGAUCAUCGUAUCAGCCAGGCUCGACAGCAGGUCCUUCUUCUCUGAGAUUGGCCCCGGGGCGGAGAGCGCGGCCUCAGGCCUCAUCACUCUGCUGGCGGCGGCUCACGCUCUGAGAAACGCCACGCAGGACGCUCAGCUGGACCGGACCAUCUUCUACACUUUCUUCCACGGGGAAACGUUUGACUACAUCGGCAGUUCGAAAAUGGUUUACGAUAUGGAGAAAAAUCAGUUCCCGAUAGAUCUGGACAACGUCCACUCUGUGCUGGAGAUUGGACAGGUGGGAUUUUAUUCCAGCUCCAACCUCUGGCUCCACACGGAUCCGAUCUCUAUGAGGAACAGCAGCAUUCAGAAAGAGGUGAAGAACCUGAUCGACAACCUGAACUCGGCCGCUGAAGGUUUAAACGUCUCUGUGAAGGAACCCGACGUCACCCAGCCGCUGCCGCCUUCGUCCUUCCAGAGGUUCCUGCGAGCCCGGCCGUUCCCCGGCGUCGUCAUUGAGGACUACAACUCCAGCUUCUCCAACAAGUACUUCCAGAGCAUGUUUGACAACGCAGACAGUUUGAACGUCUUGUACCCUCCGAACCUGACGCCAGCGGAGCAGCUGAACCACGUCACGGACACCGCAAAGUCUCUGGCUGAAGUGGCGACCAUGGUGGCUCGAGCUCUGUUUCUUCAGGCUGGAGGAAAGAAAACACAGAUCAGCAGCAUUAAAGCGGACGAACUCACGGUGAGCCGAAUGCUGUACAGUUUCCUCAUAUCGUCGAAUAACUCCUGGACACAAGAGAUCGUAGCCCCGAAGGACAUUGUUCAUCUCAACAACAACACGGUGAACUUCUACAUCAGUGUGGAGCAGCAGGCCAGCUUACCGACUAUUCUGGCCAAGUACCUGUUGGCUAACCUGACUGGGAGCGUCGUCAACGUGACGCAGGAAAACUGCAGGAACCAGAAAGAGAGCGAAGACGACAAGGAGAGCAAGCAUUUGUACAACUACAUCUGGGUUCAGGGCGCAGCGCUCCCUAACAGUACGGAGCGGGACGGAUUCUGCGUCCGCUCCACGGUGCAUUGGUCCAGAGCCAUAUCCCCGGCCUUCGAGCUGGAGAACUACACCACCAGCGAGUAUUCGACAUGGACGGAGUCCAGGUGGAAGGAAAUCAAAGGACGCAUAUUCCUGGUGGCCAGCCACGACCUGGAGAUGCUGACGCUCGGCGUGGGAAUCGGCGUGCUGCUCUCCUCCCUCCUGCUGACCUACAUCAUGAGCUCCAAGGCCGACAUCCUCUUCAGCUCGGGGAGGGAGCCCACCAGCGCCACCUACUGAUCCGCAGGGAGUCGUCUCCGGCCCGCCACCACUACACUCCUCCUCCUACUACUACAAUAACCGCUAGUACUACUUCUGUCCCACGCAGACUUUAAAACUCAGCAAGCGAAGGUACACAGACGGCUUCGCCUCGGCUGAACUCGGGGCGCUGGUUCUGACUCCGUGUUCAUGGACUCGCUCAGGUGAGGCUUGACGUCAGGACCGGAGUGGACCGGAUGGAUCUGGACUCUUCAGGAACAGGAAACACUGGUCGGGCACCAGCGGCGCCCUGUCAGUGGACAAGAUGUUUAUAUUUCUCUGGAGUUUUGGUUUUUCUUUGGUUUUCACCUUUUUAAUGUCGAGGAAUGUUUUUGUUUACUGUGUCACGGGACCGGCACUAAACAGUGAGCGUGUGAGAAGCUGCCUGAUUGAUUUAGAGUAAUUUUGAGGGUGUGUGUGUGUGUGUGUGUGUGUGUGUGUGUGAACUUUGGGGAUUGCAAUGGUAUGUGCAAUACUGUAGCUGUCUUCUGUGUAAAUGUAGUUAAAUUAUCAGCUGUAAUGAUUCAAAAACCACUUUUUGAGCCAAUGAUUGGUUAGUAAAAAUCAAAUGUAUGCUUUAAACUGACCUAGAAAGGAUGAUGUUAGGACAUUUAUACUGUUUAUGCCACUACAUGUGCGUGUAGUGUUUUAUUUCUUUUAACAUUCGGAGGGGAGAAGAUCUUGAUCCAGCUGGAAAAAAUCUGGAAAUUUUGAGUUUUAAUACUGAAGAUGUUCCUGGUACUUUUGCUCUGCACUCCCUUGAAUUUCUCUAUUUUUUUUUUUUUUCCAACAAUCUUAGAAUAACUUUUUGGAGAUUUUGACCAUUUUGUAGAUGAAAUGGCUGGAAUAAAACAUGCAUUGUGAGAUCUUGAAGACAAAAAAAUAAACAUUUGCUUCUCUUUUUUUUUUAACUCCAA